AUGGACGGAGAUCAAAACUUCACAGCCGCUCGGAAUGUGGCAAUUACAGAAGAGUAUGAGACCACAGCGUCGCCAACUACGGCAAAAUUCUCUCUUGUGGAGAGUGUGUUCAUAGGAUUCGUGCUAAGUUUAAUCAUUGUUAUGUCUGUACUGGGUAAUGUUUUGGUGUGCAUCGCAGUGUGUGUCGAUCGAAGAUUGCACAAAACCACGUAUUUGUUUACAGUCUCGCUAGCUAUGGCCGAUUUAUUGGUUUCUAUUCUCGUGAUGACGUUUGCCGUGUUCAACGAUCUCAACGGAUACUGGAUAUUCGGUAUGCCUUUCUGUAGCGUAUGGAUUUCGUUCGAUGUUAUGUUUUCCACGGCGUCUAUACUUAAUCUGUGCGCCAUCAGCGUGGACCGGUAUUUACAUAUCAAAAAACCCCUCAAAUACCAUCAGUGGAUGACCAAGAAAGUUGCCGUGGUGAUGAUUGUUGUUGUGUGGGUUCUUUCUGGUUUGAUUUCAUUUUUGCCAAUUCAGCUGGGAUGGCACACUGUUAAACAGUCACUGAGUGGGACUGAAGAGGAACAAAUAGGUAUGGAUAUGGAUUUAGACAGCAAUACACCAGAGAGCGCCAUCUUGUCCUGUAUGAUGGAGCUGAACACGACAUUUGCCAUAGUUUCGUCAUUGGUUAGCUUUUACAUCCCAUGCUUACUCAUGAUUCUGAUUUACGCCCACAUAUACAGAGCCGUACGUUACCAUGUCAGACAAAUCAAAUCACACCACAUACCGGCGAUUGUUGUCGAAAAUGGCGGGCCAAAUUCCAACAACCAAUCGCAAGAGGUCAGCGACCACAAAGCAGCUAUAACAUUAGGGUUCAUCAUGGGGACUUUUCUUAUAUGCUGGAGUCCUUUCUUUUUAAUGAAUAUUAUCGCAUCUUUAUGUGCUACCUGUGUGUCUCCGAUACUCUAUGCGACAUUGACCUGGUUAGGUUAUUUCAAUUCAACACUGAAUCCCAUUAUCUAUAGUAUAUUCAACAAGGAUUUUCGAGAAGCUUUCGCGAGAAUACUACGCGGAAUAGUCUGCCUGAAUCGCCGCAGAACCUACGACAACAGCAGUUACCAGGUUACGGCACACACAUACCGUUUUACGUUUAAUCAACGUCGGCACAGCACUUAUGUAGUAGCGGAGCGAGUAACGACCAUUUAG